AUGGAAAGAGCGCAGACCCCUUGGACCUGGGAAAAUUUUAUAAGGGAGUUUAAUGAAAAGUUUCUCCCGCCUUUGAUUCAAGAGAAACGGGAGGACGAAUUCAUAAAAUUGAGAUGGGGGGUUUCUAGUGUGGCCGAAUAUGAAGGGAAAUUUACUAAUCUUUCUAAGUACGCUCCGGAAUUGGUGACUAAUGAACGGAGAAGGAUAAGGUGCUUUGUACAAGGACUUAAUGCGGAGAUUCAAAAGGGGUUAGCAGCAGCCCGAAUCUCUACGUUCACUGAAACCCUAGAGAAAGCGCAGAGAGUCGAAAGUGCAAGGCUACAAGUCAAAGAUUUUUAUGCCAAAAAAAGAGGCGCUCCUAGUCAUCCUCUUGGACAAGCAGAUAAGGGUGUCCCACCUUCUAAAAAGGAAAAAGGAAUGGGAGGAGUGGAGAUACUUAGUACACCAAAAGGGACUCAAAACAGAGGAGGCCACAAUGGACGAGAUCAAUCGAGAGGGACACCUCCAAGUAGUCAGGCUGUAGCUCCUCAAUUUAUUUGUGGUUAUUGUAGUAAACCCAACCAUACAGAGAAUGAGUGCUGGAGGAAAUCGAAAAAGUGUUUGUACUGUGGCAGUGCCGAGCAUCAGCUCUCGAGAUGUCCAAGUGUGCUGACGGGAAGAGUUAGUACUCAAAGGUCAGAGAAGUCGGCGUCUAAACAAUCUAGUGCUAGAGGAAGUCGACCUAAGGUGUCGGCUAGGAUUUAUGCAUUAGACUAUCGGCAGGUUUCCGAUUCCACUAAGGUCGUUGAAGGUAUGGUUCUUGUUUUCCAUUACUUAACUAAGGUUCUAAGUGGCCGUGGUACGACACACUCUUUUACAAACUCUAGGUUCAUGAGUGGGGUAGAAGUGAGACCGAUUAAGUUUCCCUAUGACUUGGAAGUUAGAACGCUCUAG